AUGGGUCAACUCAUUAAUUUUGCAAAAAAACCUGAUCAAGGGCAGUUGCAUACUUAUAUUUCAAGCUCCACAGCCAUGUUCUCCGUCAAGGAACCUGUUGGAGUUUCUCUUAGCUACCGCCAUCGGUCCAAUCAAUGGAGGUUCAGCCUCGAGUAGAGCCUGGAGGAGAGCCAACAACCCCCAAGAUAAUAAGCACAAAAGAGAUCACGAGCGACGAGCUCGUGUUGAAGCUCUGCAAGUACCUCCUACUGCUGGCCUCGCUAGUGGCCACGGUGACGUAUGCCGUGGGUUUCAACCCGCCGGGAGGGGUCUGGCAGGAUACACCGGCCGGCAAGCUCGCCGGCGAACCUAUCAUCCGGGACACCCACUACCGCCGGUACCUGAUUUUCUUCUACUCCAACGCUGCAGCGUUCGGCUCUUCGCUCGUGGUCGUCGUCCUUAUGCUCCUCCUCGACUUCCUUUACAAGAACAAAUACACCUGGCUCAUCUACAAACCGCUGCGGUUCGUCUUGCUGCUGGACCUGCUCAGCCUCAUGGUGGCAUACGCUGCCGGGACUUGCAGGGACAGAUUCACAAUCCUCUGCUCCGCGCUGCUGGUAGCCCUCUUCUUCGUCUUCCUCGUGUUUCAGAUGUAUCGGGCCUCCACUACAGACAAGAAGACCAUCGAGAACUUGCCGGACGUGGAGAAGGCCAACUCGCAGGACGAAGAGAAACAGAGACGGCUCCGCAAGCACAAGGUCCUGAUGGUGCUGGCGACGUUCUCAGUCAGCGUCACCUACAUCGCCGGGCUGAGCACGCCGGGUGGUUUCUGGGACACCACUGAUGGCCGCCACCACCCGGGAGACUCUAUCCUCAGGGAACGCCACAACAUACGGCUGAGCGUGUUCUUCGUAGGUAACACCACGGCAUUUGCCGCAUCACUGCAAAUCAUCGUUGUGCUUCUGGACAAGAAGCUUGUCUUCAAACUCGGGAAGGCAUACGUAUUCAUCACCGUCGCGUUGGUUGGCCUUGUCGUCGCGUACGUCGCCGGCAGCUGUAGGGAGACCGACACUACGGUGUAUCUGGUCAUCCUGGUUGCGGCUUGCAUAGCUUUCCAAAUGGCUCUCUUCAUUCUUCACCAUCGGUCCAAGAAGAAGAAACUGACACCAAAAGUCGCCAUACAAUCAGGUGUAGCUGUGGGAAGGCUGCAAGGCCUUACCGAUGUUGCCAGAAGAACCAAAAAGAGUACUGAUGACAGGACUGUCCGGGACGAGCAGAAGAAGAAAUGGACACUCAGAAGCGCCAUACAGUCAGUUGUAGCUGCAGGAAAACUGGAACGUCUUGGUGCUGUCAUUGACAGGAGAACCAAAAGGAGUACUGAUGACAGGACCGUCCGGGAUGCGGUGGACAAGGCUCGCUCUCUUGUUCUACUGCUUGCUACUCUUGCAGCGACCAUCACUUACCAAGCAGGACUGAACCCACCGGGUGGCCUUUGGCUGGACAACGGCGAUGGUUACAUGGCCGGUGACCCGAUCCUUCUCACGACAAAUGCUAGGCGGUACAGGACCUUCUUCUACUGCAACUCGAUUGCCUUCGCGACCUCUUUGGUCGCCGUCGUCGUGGUCCAGAUUAAGCUUCUACUCUCAUACCACGUGCUGGAGGUAGCCAUGGUGCUCGACUUGUUUGGCCUGAUCGGUGCAUACGCCGCCGGAAGCUGCCGGGACAUCAGCACCUCCAUUUAUGUCUUGGGCCUGGCGGGCGCCGUCCUGGUCUACGCACUGAUACAUGUUGUCCUGUUCACCCUGGGAGAGAAGGACACCGACACCCGCACGAAAGAGGAUGAUGAGCUGGUGGAGAAGACGCGCAAGCGGUUACUCCUCUUCGCAAUCUUGGCAGCAACCAUCACCUACCAAGCCGGGUUGACUCCUCCCGGUGGCUUCCGGCUCCAAGACGACAAGUCUGGCCACCACGCCGGCGACCCGGUGCUAUUGUACAACUUUCCGCGCCGCUACCAUGCCUUCUUCUACACCAACUCGGUGAGCUUCAUGCUGUCCAUUGCGCUUAUCAUCCUCCUCGUCAACCCGCAUGUGUACAGGCCAGCCAUACGAACCCACGCGCUGUCCGUUUGCACGGGGGUGGGCUUGUUCGCCCUCGUUGGUGCCUACGCUGCCGGCAGCACGCAGCAUCUCAAGACAUCCAUCUACAUCUUCCUAUUGGUGGCUGUGGCUCUCUUCUUUGUAGUCGCACUGCUCACGGGGUUUCUGGUGAAGAAGGGCGGCAACACGGGAACAAUAAACAAGGAGACGAAGAAAACAAAGAAGACGGAGGAUAAGAGGACAAGGCAUGCCAAGCGCAAGUACCUGAUGCUGUUAGGCAUCCUGGUGGCCAGUGUCACCUACCAGGCCGGCCUAACCCCGCCGGGUGGAACUUGGCAGAGCAACGGUGUCGGGCACGAGGCAGGCGAUCCGGUGAUGCACGAUAAUAGAAGAGCCCGGUACCUCGCAUUUUUCUACAGCAACUCCGCUUCAUUUGCCGCCUCCGUUGUCGUCAUCAUCCUCCUGCUUCCCAAGUCGCUGCAGAAAGACAAUGAGAGUUUGUGGCUCGGGGCGAUGAACACGAUGAUUGUGCUGGAUUUGCUCGGCCUCUUGGGGGCCUAUGCUGCUGGAACCGGCAGGGGAUGGAAGACAUCUGUAUAUGUCCUCGCGCUGGUCAUUGCCGUGCUUUUCUACAUUGCAGUCCAUGUAAUUGUAUCGUUAUUCAUCGACUUCAGACGGCAGGAGAAUGAUACUCAGCCCCUGACGCUCGACAGUAGCAGGGAAAAUGGCGAGCAGCAGGCAAAUGGUCCAUAUCAUGAUGCGCUAGCUGCAGCUUAGUUAGCGUGGUGUGAAGCUACCGUAUGCACUCCUAUUUCUGUUCACGAUUUCAAGAUCUGUAGCACAGUUGAUGUAAUUAAUUGCCGUACAUAUUGCGCAUUAACAAAUUUAUGGUGUGUUAAUCUUACUUUUUGUUUCUUGA